AAGCAACCGAAAAUUGGAGCCAGAUUAAGAACUGGACCCUGAGUUUAGGUCGGAUCUGAAGCAGCAGCUAAAGUAACAGUAACUAAAGAAGUUGAGAAGAUGCUGGUUUUCUUGGGACUGCUCACUUCCUUUUUGUCUUUCCUGUACGUGACAGCUCCAUUCAUCAGGAAAUUCUUUGCUGGUGGGGUGUGUAAAGCAAAUGUGCAGCUUCCCGGGAAAGUGGUGGUGAUCACUGGUGCCAAUACUGGCAUUGGCAAGGAAACGGCCAGAGAGCUUGCUCGCAGAGGAGCCAGAGUUUACAUUGCCUGCAGAGAUGUACUAAAGGGAGAGUCUGCCGCCAGUGAAAUACGAGCAGAUACCAAAAACUCCCAAGUGCUGGUGCGCAAACUGGACCUAUCAGACACCAAAUCCAUCCGAGCCUUUGCUGAAGGCUUUCUGGCAGAGGAAAAGCAGCUCCAUAUCCUGAUCAAUAAUGCAGGAGUGAUGGUGUGUCCAUAUUCCAAGACAGCUGAUGGCUUUGAGACCCACAUGGGAGUCAAUCACCUGGGCCACUUUCUUCUCACCCACCUUCUCCUGGAGCGAUUGAAGGAGUCUGCCCCUGCGCGAGUGGUGAACUUGUCAUCAAUGGUCCACCACGUUGGCAAGAUUCGCUUUCAUGACCUGCAGGGUGAGAAAAACUACAGCCGGGGCUUUGCCUACUGCCACAGCAAACUGGCCAAUGUGCUUUUUACUCGUGAGCUGGCCAAAAAGCUCCAAGGCACUGGGGUCACCACUUACGCAGUGCACCCCGGUAUCGUGCGCUCAGAGCUGAUCCGACACUCGGUUCUCCUGUGCCUGCUCUGGAGGCUCUUCUCUCCCUUUGUUAAGUCAGCGCGGGAAGGAGCACAGACCAGCCUGCACUGCGCUCUGGCUGAGGGUCUGGAACCCAUGAGUGGCAAGUACUUCAGUGACUGCAAGAGAACUUGGGUGUCCCCAAGGGCCAGGAAUAACAAAACGGCUGAGCGCCUAUGGAACGUCAGCUGUGAGCUUCUAGGAAUCCAGUGGAAGUAG